GAGAAAAGACAAUGUUGGGAAGAACUUGAUAAAUUUAUUAAGAUGCACAAUGAUAGCGUGUUUAAUAAUAUUAUACAAUGCGGAUUUUCACACCCUUCCGUUUCUACUACGCCCAUCCCAUCCCCCCAAUUUUUAGAAGAGUUUAAUACGUCAAAUGAUUUAAAUGAUUUGCUUUGUACUGAAUUUCAACCUCACGGCGAUUCUGUUGAAUCAACGUAUGACACCACGAUCCACCGCGUUACCACGCCCAAAAAGCGUAAUGCUCUCAAGGCUAAGGAUAGGUACGAGCCAUAUCCACCAGGAGGUUACAUCGCUAUUAGACCAUCAAAAAAAGAGACCAAUAUCAUGGUUUGGCAUCAAAAUGAUCCAAGUGAAGAUGUUCCUAUAAUUGCCGUUCCUGCACCUCACAAUAAAAAAUUAACCGACAAUUCAAACGAAGCCCUACAAAAUCCAAACGUUCGGAUUGAUAACUUCAACGAGGUUUUACAAUUUCCAACAUCGAACAUUAUAUUUUCCUCUAACUUACCCUAUGGUUUUGAUAAAGUAGGACAAUUUUCAAAUGUAACUUCGCCCACAUUUUCUUCGAGUGAAAGUUAUAAUUCAGAUGAUAACUUUGAAUAUUCUACCUUCUUGUCGGAUUCUGUAAUUUUAGAUUCGGACGAAAAUUGGUUAGAGGUUUUUCCAAAUUCAUCAGUAUAUUUAGAAUAUUUAGAAUAUUUAUAG